AUGGGUUGUGAUAACUUAGCCAGUGGGAAUGGGUCUGUGCCUGGCAGGCACUUCUCCACUAUGCUAACCUUGGUGCCUCUAACCGUACUGGUGGGUAUGCUUAUUCUACUGACGGUGUUUGGCAAUGUCCUCGUGGUGAUUGCGGUGACUACUAGUCAUGCCCUGAGAGCACCUCAGAAUUUUUUUUUAGUUUCCCUGGCGUGCGCAGACAUUCUAGUGGCCACUUUAGUAAUGCCAUUCUCUCUGGCUAAUGAACUGAUGGGUUACUGGUACUUUGGCAAAGUUUGGUGCGAAAUCUACCUGGCGUUGGACGUGCUCUUCUGCACCUCAUCCAUUGUGCACUUGUGCGCCAUAAGUCUGGACAGGUAUUGGUCCAUUAGUCAAGCCGUUGAGUACAACCUGAAAAGGACACCGCGUAGGAUUAAAUGCGUUGUGUUUAUAGUCUGGGUGCUGGCUGCCAUCAUUUCAUUCCCACCACUUAUUACGAUGGAAAAGGAAGGGGCCAAAGAAGAUGGCCCCACAUGUAAGAUUAAUGAGCAGAAAUGGUACAUCCUCUUUUCCAGCACUGCCUCGUUCUUUGCCCCAUGUGUCAUCAUGAUUCUGGUGUAUGUUAGAAUCUAUCAGAUUGCCAAGAGAAGAAGCAGAGCCCUGCCAGGUGAGAGGAGGAAGAAAAGCAGCAACUCAGAUGAUCGGCAGCACGGUUUGGAGCCCCAGGAGAGAGAAAGUGGCAAACGGGGGAAUGUGGAGACUGAGGGGGGUGAGGCGAUCAACGGAGUAGAUGAGGAAGAGGAGGAGUGUUCCUCGUCCGAUGGGAACGACAACGUGCAUUGUCCCCUAGAGAAGAUGGAUAUGAGAAAGACCAAAGAGACUCGGGUGAAGCCGAGGGACCCCUUUCCAAAGGGAGACGCACGGGCCGGCGUGAAAGUGAGCAGAUGGAAAGGAAGACAGAACAGAGAGAAGCGUUUCACGUUUGUUCUGGCCGUGGUCAUGGGAGUGUUUGUGAUCUGUUGGUUCCCCUUUUUCUUCACAUACACACUCACUGCCAUAUGUGACUCCUGCUGCGUCCCGGAGACAUUGUUCAAAAUGUUUUUCUGGUUCGGAUACUGCAACAGUUCUCUGAAUCCCGUCAUAUACACCAUAUUCAAUAAUGAUUUCAGGAGAUCUUUCAAAAAGAUUCUUUGCAACAUUGACAGAGGAAGAGUAUGA